UCAGUUCAGUUCACGUUCAACGUUCACACGGGGAAGUACUGUCCUGGAUUUAUCUCCGACUUUUGGUGCUUUUUGGCCGUUCGUGUUGUCAGGAAAAAAUAAAGAAACCAGUGAUCUUAAUUGAGAAUCAGUGUUAACCCAAACGGACACGGACUCAGGUGUCAAGGGGGAGUGGAAAUUAUUGCUGUAUUUCGUGUAAUUUCAAGGGCUUUACAAUAACCAACAGUGUGGGAAAGAAACACUAGAAUCACAGUCCAGUGUUGGCAGGAUUUGAGAACUGCCAACACUAUCCCCGAGAGGCGUUUUUUCUCGCAGGUUCACAGUUGCGAGACCACCCAAUGCCAGGGAUAUCAGGGCCAAGGAGCGACGGUGACCAGCCCUGGGGAGCGUGGUGUGGAGGCGUCAAGAUAUCAUCGGUCUGGCCUCAGGGCGGGUCGGCCCCUACCACGCCGGUCCCGCCCGUGCACCUCCCUCUCCCUCUCACCACCACGCACAAGGAUAUGGAACCCUUGGACGAUGACGAUGUCAACUCCAUGCACGAUGACAAGGACAUGGGCGGGGCCGACGCGGAGGGCGUGUGGUCGCCGGACAUCGAGCAGAGUUUCCAGGAGGCGCUGGCCAUCUACCCCCCCUGCGGCAGGAGGAAGAUUAUCCUCUCCGACGAAGGCAAGAUGUAUGACAGGAGCAAGCAGUAUGGCCGCAACGAGCUGAUCGCCCGCUACAUCAAGCUCCGGACAGGCAAGACCCGAACCCGCAAGCAAGUUUCGUCUCACAUCCAGGUUCUCGCGAGACGCAAGCUGCGCGAGAUCCAGGCCAAGCUCAAGGAUGUACCAGGGGGCUGCACAUCAGAAGAAAAUGGCGGAAUGCUUAGACUGGAUGCUGCCACAAAAGAAAAAGCUCUGCAGACAAUGUCCUCCAUGUCGUCUGCGCAGAUCGUGUCCGCGUCAGUAAUGCACAACAAGGCGUCCCUUGGGUUACCUCCUCCUCCUGUGUCAUAUGCCAGUGCUUUUUGGCAAGGAGGUCUUCAGGCUGGAACAAGUCAAGAUGUCAAGCCUUUUGCUCAGUCCCCCUUUGGCAUGGGCAGCGAAACAAAGCCUGGAACAGGAGGCAUGAGCGGCCUCCUACAGCCAGCCCCGGCACCCUCUGUCACAGUGCCACCGUGGGAGGGAAGAUCCAUUGCCACCCAGAAGCUGCGACUUGUUGAGUUUAGUGCUUUCAUGGAGUCCCAGAGAGAUCCAGACACAUAUCAGAAGCAUCUGUUUGUUCACAUAGGUGGACCCACGACAUAUGCAGAUCCAAUAUUAGAGGCGGUUGACAUUCGACAGAUUUACGAUAAAUUCCCAGAGAAGAAAGGAGGGCUAAAGGAACUCUACGACAAGGGCCCACAGAAUGCCUUCUUCCUUGUCAAGUUCUGGGCUGAUCUUAAUGUCAAUAUUCAGGACGAGUCUGGAACCUUCUAUGGCGUCACAAGCCAGUAUGAGAGUCCUGAGAAUAUGACAAUCACUUGCUCCACGAAAGUGUGCUCCUUCGGCAAGCAGGUGGUCGAGAAAGUGGAGACAGAAUACGCCCGCUUUGAGAAUGGCCGCUUUGUGUAUCGCAUCCACCGCUCUCCGAUGUGCGAGUACAUGAUCAAUUUCAUCCACAAACUGAAACACCUUCCGGAGAAAUAUAUGAUGAACAGCGUCUUGGAGAACUUCACCAUUUUACAGGUGGUAACCAACCGCGACACGCAAGAGACACUACUGUGUGUAGCAUAUGUGUUUGAAGUUUCUACGUCUGAGCAUGGUGCGCAACAUCACAUUUAUCGUCUGGUGAAAGACUAACAACACGCCCCAGUGCAGCUCAUUCUAGCGUCAUGUCAGACGUUGAGCUGGCAUCUUGUUUAGCACCAUGUUCCGCAUUGCAGGAAAUGCCUUGUGAAGGAUUACAGUUGUGCCCCUAUGUAAAUUAUCUGCCUGUCUGUUGCAGUGCUGACCUCUUGCCUAUAAGUGCUCGAAUUUAAUACUUGAAAAAAACAAAAAACAAAAAUAAUUUCAUAUACUCUCACGGUUGUACUGUAUGGUCUGGCAGCUUACCCUUGUACCAGUUUGUGUUAUGUUGAGAUGUUCCAACAUACUGUGGCAGCUGUUUGCCGGGUUCCAGCCUAAAGAUGGCAAAGACAGCUAUGAAGACUCUGGUUACUUGAAAACCAUCAAAGGCAUUCAUGAUAAAGUAAAACAUGAUACUCAAGCUCAGCAGAUGUUGCUUGUAUUUGUAAAUCUGCAUGUGUUUUCUGCAAUGUAACAGCAUUAGUAGUUCAGUAUUGGUUUACUGAUGUACCAUGCAGAGUUUUUGUGAUCUGAUAUUCAGAUAAGCAACUCUGGAUGUGCACGACACUACUGUCAAAGGCAAAUGAUUUGUAUAAAACUAAACAAAACUAUUUAAAUCAUUAAAUUCACUGGACAUCAUGCCAGUGAUGUUGAUGGUUGAGCAUAAUAAUAUGAUGUACAGAUAUAUAAAUGUUGGGCUGGCAAUUGGUGCAAAUGAAGAGUGAGUGUGACCUGCCCUGUGCCUCAUUGACAAACACUCAAUGUACAGUAUAGUGUGCUGGGGUAAUUGCCCAUCCAGGUCGUCGACAUGCAAAUAUAUUGUAAUGCCUACUGUACUU